AUGAAGAAGUGUGAAUUUGGUUCUUCUCAUGUUCACUUCAUUGGCUACAUCGUCUCAGCAAAAGGGCUUGCUGUUGAUCCGAGUAAAGUUGAAGCGAUCAAGUCGUGGCCUACUCCGACCACGUUAUCUGCAACACGAAGCUUUCAUGGCCUCGCAUCAUUUUAUCGACGAUUUGUGCCACAGUUUAGUAGUUUAAUGGCACCUCUCACUGAUUGUAUUCGUCGCGAUGGUCUCUUUAUUUGGACUCCUAAAGCAUCUGAAGCGUUUGAGACCAUUAAAGCUAAGUUGAUCACAGCCCCUGUACUGGCUCUACCCGAUUUUACUCAAGUUUUUGAACUCCAUUGUGAUGCUUCUAAGUUGGGAAUUGGUGCUGUCUUGAGUCAGCGUAACCGGCCGAUCGCAUUCUUCAGUGAAAAACUGGCAGGAGCUCGUCUGCGUUAUAGCACUUAUGACGUGGAAUUUUACGCAGUUGUUCAAGCAAUCAAACAUUGGAGGCAUUAUCUUUACCAUAAAGAGUUUGUUCUCUUUACCGAUCACGAUGCGUUGAAACACCUACACAGUCAAGAUAAGGUUUCUGCUCGGCAUGCAGCUUGGGUCUCUUACUUGCAGCAAUUUACCUUUGUUAUUAAACACACAUCAGGCGUUUCAAAUCGGGUGGCUGAUGCGCUGAGCCGUCGACAUUCUCUACUCGCCGUUCUUCACAUCUCAGUUCUAGGCUUUGCAGCUUUUGCCGAUAUGUACGAGUCUGAUGAUUUCUUUAGUCGGAUUCUACUUGAUAUUCAGGCUGAUCAUUCUCGAGAUUUUACACUUCAUGAUGGGUUUCUUUUUCGUGGUGACAGACUCUGCAUCCCGGAUUGCAGCCUAAGGCUUCAACUUAUUUCUGAAAUUCAUAAUGAAGGACAUAUCGGUCGGGAUAGGACUCUAAAUUAA